AUGAGCAAGAGAGGAAAUGACGGGACUACAGGAAAGAGAGAAUCACUUGUUUGGACUGGACGAAUGGAUGAUGCAUUCAUCCAAGCAAUGCUAAAAGAGAAAGAUAAUGGUAACAAAAUCGAUGGCACUUUCACAAGCGAUGCAUGCACCAAUAUGGUUAACGAGCCGAGUAAAAGUCUUAACAUACAAUUUAAAAAAGACCAUUUAAAAAAUCGACUAAAAACUCUAAAAGAGCACUUCUCCCAAUGCUAUGAUCUGUUUAGAGGAGUUUCUUUAAGUGGUUUUUCUUGGAACCCAAAUACUAAGUUAGUUGAGGCUGAAGAUGAAGUAUGGGAAGCAUUGAUAAAGGAAAAGCUUGAAGCUGAAAAGUGGAGAACCAAACAAAUUGCUCAUUAUGAUGAGAUGUUAGAGUUGUUUGCCAAAGAUAGGGCUUCGGGUGUUGCUGCUGAAACUGCAAAAAAAAAAAAAAAAGGAACCGCAUGA